CCCGCACCGCGGACUCGGUUGAGCGAUACGAAUUGUGUGCUUGACUGCUAGGAGCGAAAGCAUAUUAUUGGAUGGCGAGGAGAGGCAUGGGAAAUUCACCAUUCCCCACCAAGCUGGAGGACUUUGGAUAUGAGUUCAGAGAUGGAUCCUUAAAGGACAUUAAAACAGGUGGUCCAUUUGAAUUCAACAUCUCAAAAGAUCCUGAGUACAACCAAGCCAGAUAUGAGGCUCUUGGAGAGGCUAUCACAGCUGAGGUGUACCGUCUGCUGGAGACAGAGGUCGGCCUCCAGCGGCUCCAGGUACCGGAGCGGGCCGAUCCGGACAAGCCAACAUCCUGUGUGUUCGCCAGCCCCGGCUACGCGGACGCCGCGCGUCUGCUGCUGCUCGUCCACGGCUCUGGCGUAGUGCGCGCUGGACAAUGGACGCGAAGGCUGAUCAUCAACAACGGACUUCAGGAGGGCACGCAGCUGCCGUACAUCAAGCGUGCUCUGGCCGCUGGGUACGGCGUGCUCGUGCUGAACACGAACGACAACCAUCGCGUCCAGAACAAGCAGAAGCAGCUCAUCCCGGGGAGUGGCCGGCCAGAGGAGCACGCGCUGACCGUGUGGGACACGUACGUCCGGCCGGCGGCCGCUCGCGACCUGGCCAUCGUGGCCCACAGCUACGGCGGCGUCGUCACCGUGCACCUGGUGACGAAGAGGUGGGAGGAGGCGCGGCAGCGGGUGGCAGCUGUGGCCCUCACAGACUCCGUGCACAGCAUGGCAGCGGCCAGCCAAGACAUCCGCCAGUGGUUCUCAAAGGUGGGCGUCAACUGGGUGUCGAGCUCGGCACCGCUGGACACCGCGCUCCGGUCAGCCGACGGCGACGCCGCGCGCCGCUCGGCCGGGCAUCAGCAGCACGAGUGGACCUCCUGGUCCUGCCUGGAGGCCGUGAUGCCCUUCCUGGAGGAGCGCAUGCAGCAGCGAGGCGUCGAGAAGAAGGACUAACCGCCGCCGAGCGCCGA